AUUUUUAUUAUUAAAUAAUUAAAUAAACCUUUGGAUUAGGAAUAUAGAAAGUGGCAAUAGCAGCCCAAUUAAUAAUAAGGGAACUACUGCUGCUUUUGGGCCCAUAGACAACAUGCCCAUAAUCUUUUUAAGAAUUGCCGCCGAUCCACAUUCCUCCUCAUACCGUUGUUUCUAAAACUGAAGCACCGCUUCGAAUUCUCCCUGUAAUUAAUCCUCCUUUCCAAAUACAUCCCAACCCCAACGUGAAUGGAUGGUCCAGAUAGACUUGACCCUGCAAGUUUCCUGCAAGCUCUGCCCCCAGUUGAGUUUGCCUGCAUAUAUGGCUCCUCCCUCCAUCCUAACAAUUUUAACAAGGCAUCCAUGAUAGAUUACAUUCUUGGUGUGUCAGAUCCCCAGCAAUGGCACACUGAGAAUCUGAAGAUGAACCGGAAUCAUUACGCAUCAUGGAUGGUCCACCUUGGCGGAUCGCGGCUGAUUACUGAGGUAGCAGAUGACAUCGGUGUUGGUGUACACUUCAAUCCAUUUGUUUCUCACAAGGAUCGGAUGUUCAAGUACGGUGUUGUUCGAAUGCAUGAUCUUGUUCAGGACAUUCUGGGAUGGGAGAGGUUCUACAUGAGUGGUCGUUUGCAGAAACCAGUUAAAGUCAUAAUAGAUAACUUGGACAUAGAAAAACUCAACUCUGUAAAUCUGAAGGCUGCAACCUCCGCCGCUCUCCUUCUUUUGCCGUCAAAGUUCAGUGAGGAAGAGUUAUAUGCCAAAAUAUGUAGCCUCUCAUACAUGGGUGAUCUUCGGAUGCUUUUUGCAGAGGAUAAAAAUAAGGUGAAAAAGAUUGUGCAAGGGCAAUUUAAGUUAUUUCAAACGAUGUACAAACCGCUUUUAGAAGACUUUGCAGCCAGGGACUUAUUAAGACUAUCGCCUUUUGUUGAUCAAAAAGUAAACAUAAUUCAGGAUUGUGGGUUGUCUAGCACUUGCUCCCUUGUGUCUUCCCUUCCUUUGCCACUCAGAAGCAAGAUGGGAAUCAAGCUCGGAGAGGAGAAAGUGUUUGAUGAAUCUGGUCGAGCUACACGAAAAAUGUUAAUAAAAUCAAAGGAAGAGGGUGCAUAUUGCAUGCGGAAGAUUCUGAGAAACAAAGUAAUGAUUUCCAGUGCAAGACAGGCUGUUGCAGGUCUACUGACUGCCGGUGCAGUGCAUGGAUUAAGAUACGUUGGAAAUAAAAUGCAAAAGGCAUGGAAAUCAUGGUGGUAAUCCUUUUCUUCUUUUUUUUUUUUUUUUGGGUGGGUGUUAGUAUAGUAGUGUAGUAGGGCGACUCUUUGUGCUCUAGUUAUAACAGAAAAUGCAACUGGUUUUGCUUGGGCAGACAUUAUAAUUCUAUUUUUGAAAUUAUUUACCGUAUAUCUGAAACAACUUAAUCUCA